AUGGUACAGGAUUGUAGAGAGUGGCCCGUUGGAAUGGCUCUCUCAAAAGAGUGUGAGGGGAGUGAGGAGAUUGAGGAGAUCGUGGCAGUGAGAAGAAGCUGGCGUUCUACGCCAGCCUUGACAGUCCAGCUCACUCUAACUUCUCUACAAGCCCUCACAUUUACGGCUGGGCAGCGACGGAUGCCUAUGGCGGCGGUUGUUCAGCCGCCCCGUUUGCCAGCAAAGCCUGGCCUGCUUGGGGGCAAAUUGGUAGCUGCACGAUCGUCCGAGUCGGGCGAAUAG